AUGCAGAAGUGGUUUCUGUCGGAUUAUGUAGAACCGAUUGAAGGGCUUCACAGGCUUUUGGAAGUUGACAGGGUCACUGUGAGGCAAAUAAAAAAGAACCAAAGUUCAAAGCUACAUGAUGCAGUGGUUUAUGAAGCCCUGUUAGAUACUUCUGAACUUCUUUUAAAAUUUGUUGAAAAGUCCAGCUUUGCACAAAGAUUUUGGUGUGGAUCUCACAGAGCAUUCGAUAUGGAAGUGCGAAAUGUAAACGGAAAACUUGUUAUGCAUCUUCAACGGCCAUUGAAGUGUUCAGCAGUUGUAUGUUUUUGUUGUCCUUAUGAAAUGAAAGUUGAAGCUCCAGUAGGUGAACCAAUGGGUAGUAUUGUACAAAAUUAUGGACGAUUUGGUCAUACAUUUUACCUGAAAGAUUGGAAUGAUAACAUAAAUUUAGAUAUAAAAGGUCCUUGGUUUUCUUAUACCUGUUGUCUUGAUCUUAUUUUUAAGAUUUAUGCACAUGAACAUAAUAGAUCAAUUGGACGGAUAAUAUGUCGUCGAGAUCAAGAAAAUGAUAGUUUUCGUGUUGACUUCCCUUUGGACUUGGAUUAUCGUAUGAAACUUUUGCUUAUUUGUGCUGCAAUAUUUUUGAAUACAAAGUAGUUUCUAACACAACUUUUGGAAAUUCUGGCAGUACAAUGAAUUAUCAGUAAAGAAAAUACAAAUAAAAAAGGAUAUUAAUAUUUAUAAUAAUUAUGAACUAUAUGUGCUGUAAGUCAGACAUGAUAGCGAAUGAGGAAAAGAGUGUGUGUGUGUGUCCAUAUUUAAUAGUUUAACAUUAGUUUUAACUGUGAGUGUUACAAUCAUAUGUACGUGUGUGGGUGUGUGCGAGUGUGUGUGUGUGUGUAUGUAUAUACUUCCAAACGUCUAUCAUUUUCUCUACUUUUCCAUUUAUUUAAUACCUGUACUAUCAUUCUCUUUGUCAAUUCGCAAACAAAUAGCCUAUUUUACACUCUUUUCAAUGUUCAAUAAUCUUUUAUUUAGUUGUUUGUUUUUUCUGAAGUUAAAUUAACCUUGAAGUUGUGGAUUUUUUUUCUGACCUUUAGUUUUAUAUUAUUUAUUAAUAUCAUAAUACUAUGAUGGAACAAACAAAAAUAUACCUUUAAAGAGGGAAUCUUGAAAGAUAAUGGAGUUCUGGAAUCAUAUUACAAAGAAUGAUUAUAUAAUAAAUGAAUAUCUACUAAGAUGAUGUAAUGAAAUAAUAGUGAAAUUGAUUAUUGAAACAAAAU